GGCCGGGCUUCGAGCAAUAGCAACGCAAGAUGGCAGCCACCACAGGCUCGGGAGUAAAAGGCCCUCGAAACUUCCGACUGUUGGAAGAGCUGGAAGAAGGCCAGAAAGGAGUAGGCGACCGCACAGUUAGCUGGGGUCUGGAGGACGACGAGGACAUGAUGCUCACAAGAUGGACAGGCAUGAUAAUUGGGCCUCCACGAACAAUUUAUGAAAACCGAAUAUACAGCCUUAAGAUAGAGUGUGGGCCUAAGUAUCCACAAGCACCCCCAUCUGUGAGAUUUGUGACAAGAGUCAAUAUGAGUGGCGUGAGCAGUUCCAAUGGAGUGGUGGAUCCACGAGUCAUGGCAGUGCUGGCAAAGUGGCAGAAUUCCCACAGCAUCAAAGUCAUCCUGCGGGAACUGAGGCGCUUGAUGAUGUCCAAAGAGAACAUGAAGCUGCCACAGCCACCAGAAGGACAGUGUUACAGCAAUUGGUCACCAAGGCCCCGGCCUCCCUUCCCCAUCCAACCCAAGUCUUCAUUUUCCACAGUAGUGAAUUUUCUAGAUCCAUCUGUAGACCUCACAGUACUGGAGAGGAAGCCCCACUCAGACUUCAUCCUGAGACACUGCUCUGACACUAACUUCUCGUCCAUUUGAAAUACCUAAGUUGUGCUGUGUAACAUCAUCUGUCGAGUGUAACCGCUGUCUGCCUGGUUGAACUUCUGGGAUCAAGAAGGUGUGUUGAAAUCGGUUUCCUUUGGGAGUGGUGGGCACAGCUAACGCAACUGUGAACAGACACGUCUCACACAAUCACCUGCUGCUGGCACUCGGCCUGGGUCUGCCUUUGCCUGCCCUGCCCUCCACCAUAGCUGUGUGGUGGCCCUUAGAAUAGAUGGGGAGGCUCUGGUAGCAGCCGUGGGA